GGGAGACACACAAAGAAAGGCAGAGGAGAAAGGAAGUCGUUAGAGAGGAAGGAGUAAAACAGCCAGAAAGAGACUUGCGUGUGGAGUACUGUGGGACAUGGGAGGAGGCACCGCAAAAGGUUAUUCAAGGAAGCUUGAACUUGAUCAAUAUUUUUGCUAAAUAAGUGAAAAACAAAAGGGGGUUAAGAACAGAAGAAGACGAAGAAAUGAAGGACGUGGGGCAGUUAGUAGAACUAGGGGGCUCUCAGAGGAAAAAACGACCCAAAGUUUGGUUGAGGAAUGAAUCUGUUCGUGUGGGACUUGCUGAAACCCUUUGCACAUAUGUCAUGAUGGUGUUUGGCCUGGGGUCUGUAGCCCAGGUAGUGACAGGGCAGGGAGAGUUCGGACAGUACCUCAGCAUCAACCUGGGCUUUGGACUGGGUGUUGCUAUGGGGGUUCAUGUUGGAGGGAAGGUCUCAGGGGCUCAUAUGAAUGCAGCAGUGUCAUUCACAAUGUGCACGUUUGGACGCCUGGGGUGGAAGAUGCUGCCUCUAUAUAUUUUUGCGCAACUAUUGGGGUCAUUUCUGGCAGCAGGGACAAUUUAUGCUGUCUAUUAUGAAGCCAUAUAUGACUAUUGUGGAGGAAACCUGACUGUAACAGGGGCAACGGCCACAGCUGGUAUCUUUGCCACCUAUCCUGCACCGUACCUCUCCUUGAUGGCUGGAUUCAUUGAUCAGGUGUUUGGCACAGCCAUGCUGCUGCUGUGCUUGAUGGCUCUGUCCGACCAGAAGAACAAACCGGCGGCAGCGGGCAGUGAGCCUGUCGCAGUGGGUCUCCUGGUGCUGCUCAUUGGCAUUUCUCUUGGCAGCAACAGUGGCUAUGCUAUCAACCCCACUAGAGACAUUGCACCCAGGAUCUUCACUGCCAUAGCAGGCUGGGGGACUGACGUGUUCAGGGCUGGAAAUGGGUGGUGGUGGGUGCCACUAGUUGCGCCCUUGAUUGGAGGAGUAUUGGGUGCAGGGCUCUACAGGGCCUUGGUGGAGAUGCACCACCCUCACCUCUCCGAACAGGGUGAGGGGCUGAUGGGGGAGUUGGAUGAGGAGACUGCAUCUAUGGAGAAACAGUAAAACAUCUGUGGUCGUGUAUGUGUCUAAAACCCCUAAAUAUGUACAGUGCACAGCCUGUAAAGCUCUCUGGAUGUCUGUAUGAAACAUUCCAUGAUGACAAAGGGUUAAAAAAAAUAGACCAAAAACUAAUUGAUAAGAUGGAGGACAGAAGGACUUUCACAAUGAGGUUUUGAAUAUCUCAAACUAUUUGAAAAUGCUGAGUCUGUUUUAUGUGAUUAACUUGAUCAUGUGUGAUCACCAACCUUUGAUAUUCACCUUCGCAACACAUAUAAAAUAAUGCUGACAUCUAGGGCUUAUUUCUCCAAUCCACACUAGUUAUAGUAACUAGGACUGAGAGCCAUUUUAAUGCAUUGAAGAUGGAAAACACACACUUCAUAGUUUAUAUUUCAUGUUUAUAUUAUUGAGGUAAAUGCAGCGGCUACAACCUUGGAAGACACCAUAAUUAUCAUUCAUUAUAACAACCAACAGGAGACCACUUUCAUGAGAUUGGAAACUACAGAGCAUGUAAAGAAAAGUAAAAAGCCAACCCGCAAUUAUCGAAUACAUGUAUCUUUAGUAAAAUAAAAUAGGAACAGUAGGAGUUGGCUUCUCACAGCUUGAAAGGGCAGCAGCACAACCAAAGAUAAUACACACAUUAAUCUUUCCAACAAUCCAUUGCAGCAGCAGCCCAGAGCUAAAAAGUGUAGAUGUGUCUUGAUUAACUUUGUAGGAGCUCCAAAG